UCAGGUGAGUGGCUUGAUGUAGUUGUGGAUGUGAGUUGCUCUUAGAAAGGUUACAGACUUUAGGUGAUAAGGUUGAAAGUGUCUUUUAUAAUUCCAAGGGUCUUCUGCUUGCUGUGAUACUUGAGUAAAAUGAGGGAGUGUAUUUCCAUACAUAUUGGUCAGGCAGGUAUCCAGAUGGGUAACUCCUGCUGGGAGCUGUACUGUUUGGAGCAUGGCUUCCAGCCUGAUGGCACCAUUAUCAAUGAUGGCAGCUCCCUGGUUGACUCCUCUUUUGGCACUUUCUUCAGUGAAACUGGUGCUGGGAAGUAUGUUCCUCGUGCAGUUUUCAUUGACUUAGAGCCGACAGUUGUUGAUGAGAUCCGUAAUGGACACUAUCGACAACUGUACCACCCUGAGCAGCUCAUCAGUGGCAAGGAGGACGCUGCCAAUAAUUAUGCUCGCGGUCACUAUACCAUCGGCAAAGAGAUUGUAGACUCUGUGCUUGACCGGAUGCGCAAAAUGGCGGACCAGUGCACCGGUCUGCAGGGGUUCCUGAUCUUUCACAGCUUUGGUGGUGGAACAGGCUCUGGUUUCACAUCUCUACUGAUGGAGCGACUGUCUGUCGACUACGGUAAAAAGUCAAAGUUGGAAUUCUCCGUAUAUCCUGCCCCACAAGUUAGCACUGCUGUGGUGGAGCCCUACAACUCGAUCCUUACAACCCACACUACUCUGGAGCACUCCGACUGCUCCUUCAUGGUGGAUAACGAAGCCAUCUUUGACAUCUGCAAGCGAAAUCUCGAUAUUGAGCGUCCCUCCUACACCAACCUGAACCGGCUCAUCGCCCAGAUCGUGUCCUCCAUUACGGCAUCACUGCGCUUUGAUGGAGCCCUAAAUGUGGACCUUACAGAGUUCCAGACCAACCUAGUCCCGUACCCACGCAUCCACUUUCUGGUCACCUACUCCCCUAUCAUUUCCGCCGAGAAGGCCUAUCACGAGCAGCUCUCCGUACCAGAGAUCACCAACGCCUGCUUUGAGCCGGCGAACCAGAUGGUAAAGUGCGACCCUCGCCGUGGAAAAUACAUGGCCUGCUGUUUGCUGUACCGUGGUGAUGUGGUUCCGAAAGAUGUGAACGCUGCCAUAGCCAACAUCAAGACUCGCCGCUCCAUCCAAUUUGUAGACUGGUGUCCCACAGGGUUCAAGGUUGGCAUCAACUACCAGCCUCCCACCGUUGUCCCAGGAGGGGAUCUGGCCAAGGUGCAGAGGGCCGUCUGCAUGUUGAGCAACACCACUGCUAUUGCAGAGGCGUGGGGCCGCCUGGACCACAAGUUUGACCUGAUGUAUGCAAAGAGGGCUUUUGUGCACUGGUACGUGGGUGAAGGGAUGGAGGAAGGGGAGUUCUCGGAGGCGCGAGAGGACAUGGCUGCUCUGGAGAAAGACUACGAGGAGGUUGGUGCGGAUUCCACUGAUGACGGUGUGGAGGAUGAAGAGGAGUAUUAAGUAUGCAAAAUGUUUGUAUAUUGCGUAAAUAAACUUUAAAAGCAUCUGAACCCUUUUAGUUUGGUUCUUUGACUAGUUUUGCCUUCAUGACCUUGAUCAGAUGUGGUUUAGUUGGGGUGUGGGGAGCUUAAUUGAGCCACAGCUAAUCGGAGAAAACAAACUAUAGCCCAUUAUGUGGUAGCAUUAGUUUUCAGGUCCAUCCUGAAACAUUCGGUAGUUCCACAGAUAAGAAGCAAGAGUAGCUUAAAACAAGUCUUUCAAUGUUUUUCAGUCUUCUCAACCCAUACUUAGGAUGUGGAACUGCCACUGUAAAUGGUUAAUAUUAAAAGUUUAGAUAUUGCAGGAUGUAUGUUGCUAGAAAUGGUGUCUCUUUCUACUUGUUUGAAAUGCACAUUUCUUCAGGUCUUCAUUGCCACAGUACACUGACUAAUGUUUUUGAGCAUUGUGUUGACUUUGGAUGCAACUCUAAAGUAACAUUGUUCCAUAUGAAGAGUGCUUAGUCUGGGAUAUCCCCUUUAAGAAUUUUUCCCCUCUUGGUAGAAUUGAGGUCUCUAUGCAUCUGUAAGGAAACUUCCUUCUCAAAUGCAAAAAAAAACUU